AUGCAGGUGAAGGCGGGGCUCUUAUCCCGCGGCGUUUGUGUUUGGAGUUUAGGGAAUCCCCCUUGUAUAGAGGCUUUGGUCAAGAGGGUCGAGUUCGCGGGACGGGCUGACCUGGGCUCUGAUUUGUUCUUAGUCUGGGAUGGCCUAUUCGGCGAACAUCGACAUUUUGUGGCGCUUCUCGGAACGUCUGUGCCUAGGACGGUUCGGGGGUGUUACAAAUGGUGGUAUCAGAGCAUGGUUCAUGAUCAUGCUCGGGAACAAGGAUUUUUAAAACGUUUUAUCGAGUCAAAAAGGAGUCGCAAAAACUACCUUAGUAUAGAGGUUAUGGUAACAUUGUGCAAUGUGCUUGAAGUCAUGAGUGACUGGUUUGUGGAUGAUGAGGGGUCGUGGUUUAGUACUGGGCAAGAGUGGACAGUGGAGUCUGGAUCGUCGAGCUCAGAACCGUCGAGCAAUUCGGAGCACUGGAUCGUAGUGACGGACUUGGAACAGCAGACACUAACAGAUCAUGAUAGCAGCAUACAUUACCCUGAGGAGGAGAGAGUAGUGCCAUCUACUCAGAUCAUAGAGAUCAGUUCAGGCGAGACUACACCAAACUCUUGGGAUAGAGAUAGUCCACCAAGUGUUCUACCGCAUAUACCAAUGCCGCAUGUAUUUGCACCGGGAGGUGGAGUAUACCCGUACAUGCCAACGGAGGAUAAUCCAACGGACUACGUGUACCCGUUCAUUACCACUGGCGUAGAAAGCAAUGAUCCAGCCGUUGCAGUUCAAGUCAAUAGUGAAGUCUUCACAAACCAACCUGAAGAACCGGAUACGCCGGAACCAACAUGGGAGGAUUAUCUUGGACACCAGAACGUAUCACCCACGUACUGGACAAGGAAACUCAACGAGAUCGCUGGAUACACAUCAUCAAUGGAGCAUGGAGAAGGAAGCAUACCUCAAGAUCAAGGAGAAGCUAAUGCAAUGUGGUGUACAAUGUAUGGAGAACAAGAUGCACCAAACUCGGUGGCAGGCAAUGAAUAUCAAAUACCGGAUCUUAACCAAACCACGGAGGAAGGUACCGGAGAGAAUGAAUGGCCACAAGAUGAUGAAGGUCUUAACCUAGCAAGAAGGUGGGAUGAGAUAAUCGCCACAGAAUUGGAGAAUCUCAGAACAGAGGGUAAUGGCCAAGAGCAAAUGUGUCACGCCAAAGGGGAAGGCCUCCCAGAAGACUGCGAGGAUGAGAGUCCCAGCACCGUCUCAAGUCACGCUACCAUGCGAUCAAUGUGGAAGGACGGGACAUCAUAG